GCGCGAGCGGGAAAGAGUCAAGCAGCUGCGAAGGGCGCCUCCGCUGUGGGCGACACUGCUCACGGCGUGGGGGGCGACCUGGAGCGCCUGCUGGAGUUGGGGCUGGGGCGGAGUCACCACCCAGGCGGCUCACGCGGCGCCGUUCGCGACCUCCGGCCACUGCCAGGAGGACUCUGAGCGCUGCUCCUGCGACUGGGAGCUGCGCGAGAUCAUCGACCUCCAGCAGGAGGGCCCUCGACGCCGAGCCGCCGGCAGCUGUAGCCCGAUGGCAGACGUGCUGACGCUGGACAUCGGCGACCCGCAGAUCCUGGUCCACUACCCGGACGACGAGAACGGCUUCCUCUGGCACCACAGAGUGUUGCUCUUCAGGGUGUCGGACGACAUCUGGAUCAGCUUGACCCCUGAUCUCGCCCUGGUGCGCUUGAAGCUGCUGGACAUCCGGCACGAGGUGCUGGAGAGGCGAGCCCCGUUCCCUGCCCACCUGGGCAACCAGGUCUAUGCCCACGACCCCAUCGCCGCCGCCGCCCUGGCGGGCUUCCGUCGCCGUGCGAAGAUCCAGGGGCAGCUGCUGGGUGUGGGCCAGGUGGACGUGGUCGAGAGGAUGAUCUGGGUGGUGGCCGAGCCCCGGUCGGCGAAGUUCGGCGAGAUGAUCGACUCGGCCAUCAUGGACGACGACGCCCGCGGCACGGGCUUCGACGCGAAGGGGGCGGCGGUCGUGGACGGAGAGGAGAUUUUCGUGCAGAAGAUCGCGGCCAGCAAGCUCGACGACUUCAAGAAGGAGACCAAGGCGGACCUCGGAGACGUGCGCGCGCUCGGGGACCACCUCGACGAUGCUGGGCAGCGCUGUCUGAGGCUCUCGGAGGCGGUCGCGCUGAUGAGAGACACGGAUCAGCCGAACUUCCCGCUCGCCGGCGUGAGGAGCGUGAAGGAGUUCCUCGAGUCGGUGGCCUCCGGGCCUGGCAACAUGACGUCGUACCAGGCGGAGCGGGAGCGGCUCAGCGGAGUCGGUGAGGGAUCGGCAGUCAACCAUGUGCACCGCAACUUGUGCGAGGUGAUUCGGCUCAUGCACUCCUGGGACCAGGUCGACGCCUCCAUGUUGGCCUCUGCGGAGCUGAUCGUGCGCUGGCUGGUUCAAACGGAGAUAGCGGUAGAGCGCAACCCGCGCCACCCUGACUACAGCGGGCUGGACAUAGUGAUCUCGGCCCCGGUGAAUGCAGCGGGCCGCGCGACGACGAACAAGUUCAACUCCUGGGUCACUGACAAGCUCAAGGAGAGGGCGCAGAUCUGGAAGCAGGAGCGCCUGUACCGCGAGGAGCAGAAGACGAACCUGAAGGAGGGCAAGGACGGCGACGGCUACGACCCGUCCAAGAAGAAGCUGAAGAAGAGAGGGGGCAAGGCCGGCGCCGAGGGCGCCGGCGAGGGAGGGCACCUCCGGCCGACCGCCGUGCAGCAGUGGAUGAUCCAGAAUGUCGCCCGGCGUGUACUGGCGCAUGGGGAUUGCCCCACUGACCUCACAGAGGAGUCAUCGUUGCACGAGAUCCUCGACUCGAGAGACCACUACGGGAUGGAGCCCAAGAACUUGGCCAGCUUCGACUUCGACAAGGUCAAGAUCCUGCACAGGAAGGUCCACGUUCGGCCGAUGCGCCGGGAGUUGCCCGCGUCGGCCGCUGGCUACCUGCGGCACGCUUCCGACUUGAUCGAGAUGGACGAAGCGGAGCUUGAGAGAGAUCGUGCCGAGGGAGUGUGUGUCACGCCAUACUGGGACCCCCUCCUCCGGCGCUCGCGAGACCUUCGGAAGCGACUGUACCAGCGCCUGGACCAGCAGGGCCUGCUGACUUGGCGUCGGCGGCUGAAGGGGCAUGCGGGCAUCUUCGUGGUCAAGAAAAAGGAUGGGCUCCAGAGGUUGAUCAUCGACGCCCGAGCGGCCAAUCGGGCGCAUCGGCCACCUCCCACUACUCGGCUAGGCUCCUCGCGAUGCAUGGCCGACCUCGACCUCUCCGACCCCCGCCUGAAGGCAUCGGGCUUCGGGGGCCUCGGCUCCGGGGCCUUCAGCCCAGCUGGCCGCGAGGGAGACGUCGGGGACUGUUUCUACAACUUCACCAUCCCCGAGCUGGCGAGCUGGUUCGGCUUCGCAGACCAGUUCGGCACCCACGAGCUGACGGAGAUGGGCUGCCUGCCGGACUCGAUCUGGGACGACGCCGAGGGGGCCGAGACCAAGGUCGUGGACGGCGAGCAGCUCUACCCCUGCAUGUGCGCGGUGUGCAUGGGCUGGUCCUGGGCGCUCUACUUCGCCAACGAGGCCGUGACCUACCGCGUCCAGCGGGCGCUGCCCGACGGGGCCGAGAAGGUGAUGAGGGAGAUGCAGCCUGCCCCGACCAUCGAGCCCGGCAAGUGCGUUGCCGGAGUGUACGUGGACAACGUGCAGGUGAUCGGAGGCCGCGAGGCUGACGCCAACACUCAGAUGAAUGAAAUCGAGAAUCUUUUUCGAGAGGACCGUAUACCUUUCGACGUGGAGCCGGGGGACAGCUUGGAGAUGCAGCCCCUCGGCCUGGUGUACCACUGGCAGGAGCGUCGCCUGAGGCAUGUGGCUCGGCGCGUCUGGCGGACGUACAUGGCCGGACACGCCCUUUUGAGACGCCGCAAGCUCCACGGGCACGCGCUCCAGCGCUGGCUGGGGCACGUCGUGAACCUGAACCAGCUCUGCCCCGAGGCGAUGUCCGCGCUGAACGCCUGCUACCGCUUCAUCGAGGAGUCGCUGGAGUCGCCCAAGCGGGUCUGGCCCUCCGUGAAGUCCGAGACCCGUUGCUCGAUGAACUUGCUCUUCCUGAUGGAGGCGGACUUGGGCGCGACCUACUCGGACCAGGUGUACUGCGGGGACUCGUCCGGCCGCGGCUACGCACUCCACGUGACGACCGCCGAGCCGACCGAGCUCCGAGAAGCCUGGAGGUGGAGAGAACGCUGGCGGUACCGCGACGUCCCGACGGUGACGGGCCACGUCAGCAGCGGGCUCGACUACGUGCGCGGCGGCACGCCCGGCACCGCCACUGGCCCGAGGACCGCCUUCGGCCAGUCCCUGCUGAGUCAGGCGGAGGCGCCGGAGGAUGCGAGCGGCCUGGCUCCCUCUCCGGCCCGAGGCCGCGCUGCGAAGCCGGCUCGAGGCCGCACCCGGCUGCAUCUUGACUCGGGCAUCCCCGCCUUGGAGGACAGCUGGGUGGCCAGGCGCCGCUACAAGCUGGUCGCCGCGGACCGCUGGCGCUGGCAGGACGAGCACAUCAACCUCAAGGAGGCGAGGGUCGCCUUCAUGGGCACAAAGCUGCUCUCGAUCAGCGACAGCCAGGUCACCGUCGGGGCCUUCGAGAAGGGCCGCUCCAGCGCGGGCCUGCAGGCCCUCUGCAGGCGCGCAGCCGCCGACCGCCUGGGCGGGCAGAUCUCCUGGCGGCUCAGGUACAUCGAGACUGACCGUAACCCGAGCGACGAGGACUCCCGGCGCUGGGACCUGAAGAAGCCGGCUGGGCUGAACCGGGGGCCCGAGCGUCGAGACGCCGCCCCGAGCCUGUCCGCUCCAGCUGCGACCUGCCAGGCCGCCGACUCGUUCCUCGAGCACGACCCGAUCAUCCAGUUCGGCCAGGACUCGCUGAUCAUGGCGACGGUGACCGGAGGCACGCUGGAGAGGUACGCGACGGCGGUCCACGAGUUCGAGACCUACGCGAAGGAGAGGCGCCUGCCGCUGCAGCCGCUAGCACGCCUGGACGACAGCCUCUCCCUCUACUUCGUGGACCUGUUCGACGACGGCUUCGGGGUCUGGGAGGGGCGCAACGCCUUCUACGGGCACAAGCUGCUGAAGCUCAGGACGACGGGCAAGGUCGACCUCCCAAAGGCGCUGGCCUCCCUGAAGGGUUGGACGAAGCGGGCGCCCGGGAGGAUGCGUCUGCCGCUGCCCGACAUCAUCGUGGACGACAUCGCGCUGGACCUGGUGGAGCACGGGGACCCCCUGAUGGGGGCCGCGGUGGUGAUCCAGACAGACACCUACACGCGGCCCUCCGAGGUGGUGGGGCUGAGGCAGGGCCAGAUCUUGCCGCCGGCGCCGGUCGCGAAGCUCGGCGCGCACUAUGGCAUCGUCAUCGCGCCCUCGGAGUGGCACGAGACCACGAAGACGGGCGGCCAGGGCGACAGCCUGCUCGUGGGCGACGUGGCGAGGCCCUGGCUCACGAGCGUGCUGCGGCUGCUCCACAAGCCCGACGUGUCGGACAAGAAGAAGAUCUUCGACUUCACCCUCGGCGACUACGAGCGCAAGGUGAAGAAGUCGGCAUGCCGCCUGGGCUACACCUCCCUGGGCGUUUGCCCGCGCGUCUUCCGGCACUCGGGCGCCAGCAACGACAAGGCGCACUCCCGGAGGACGUUGAAAGAGGUUCAGAAGCGCGGACGAUGGGCAUCGUCCGCGUCGGUGGCUCGCUACGAGAAGGGGGCCCUGAUCUUGCAGCAGUUGCGCAAGGUUCCCUUGGCCAAGCAGAGGAAGGCGGCGGAGCGCAGCAAGCGCCUGCCGCAGGACUGUUCGGCUGGGAAUCCCCACGUUGUGGCCCGAGGCACCAGGGACCUGGCACCGGCGAUCGAGGCUUACGAACGAAAGGCCAUGCAUUCAGGGUGGGAGUGCCUCACGGUUUGCAUUAUCAACCUGAGGCACCAAGGCAGGCGAGAUUGCCAGCUCGAUGCCAAUCCCGACG